AUGGGUGAUGCAGACGCUCUUCCAGACUAUGUCCUCGACCCUAACGCCGUCUUGAACGACAAGGACGCUGCCUGGCGACAUGGCGCACCCCCAGAUUACUCAAAAACAAGAGAAUUCUACGAGCAGACCAAAAGAAUGACCCAUCAGGGAGGCAGCCUCCCCGACCUGGUCUCGAACCUCGUCAAAAACUGGGAGAUCGAAGCAUCCUUCAAGACAUCUCUUGACGACUGGCGCACAAUAGACCACAGCCAAUACACCUUUUCGCUGAACGGUGGUCCUCCCCAGACAGGCGACCAUAUGCUCCGAGUGGGCACUUACAACGCCCUACUUAUGUACAGCUCGUACUAUGACCCCGAGCAUAAUGAUUUCUCGACCAGUCACAAGGCGUUCAAGCGGAUGAUGCCGACUUUUGCGUGGGAGGUCUUGGAGGUGUAUAGUGGGCCACCGGUUGUUAUCUUCAAAUGGAGGCAUUGGGGGUACAUGGCGAAUGAUUAUGUUGCGUAUAACAAUCGAGGAGAGAAGGUCACUGUCAAAGCACAUGGUGGUCUGAUCGAUAUUCAAGGCAUCGUCGUUGCCAAGGUCAACGGUUCACUGCAGCUCGAAAAGAUUGAUGUUUGGUUUGAUCCAAUGGAUAUGUUCUGCCAGAUUGCGCGCGAAGAGAAAAUCGAAGGCAAGAACAAGGAUCCAGUCGAUGCAGUUGGGGCAGCUGCAGGCUGUCCCGUCCCAGGCCAUGGGACCGUCUAG